CUCAACCAACUAAUUGAAAUUAUUUAUUUAUUUGCUUGAACAGUUCCUUUUCUAGAUUAACUUUUUUUAUAUAAAUGAACUGGCCAUUUUUAUUCAUUUUAAAUUUGUUAUCCUUAAACAACACCAGUACAAUCCCUCAAUUAUCGUAAUGAUGUACUUCAACCAAACUCUUGUUCAGGAAACCUUUGAGAGGUUUGAUAGAGAUGGGAGUGGUAAAAUUGAUGAAACAGAACUAAGGGAUGCUCUCUACAGUCUUGGGUAUUUGGUGCCUCCUCUAGUCCUUCAACUUCUGGAUUCCAGAUAUGAUGACAGUGCAGGGCUGGACUUCGAUAAAUUUGUAGAAUGUGGGAUGAUUUUUAAGGGUCUGACAGAGAAGUUCAAAGAGAAGGAUACACAGUAUGCAGGCUUUGCAAAGCUGAGUUAUGAUGAGUUUCUGUCUAUGGUCAUCCCUUUUCUUGUGUCAUACUAAGAAGAAGGAUUGAAGGACCACUCCCCAAGGUGCCCUAAUUUUUAAGAGUAUGAAUUAGGAAGGGACACAAUACCUUUACGUUGAUACCAUUCAGUCAAGUGGGAACACCAUAUGCCUUUGGGGCAAUAAUAAAAAAUAUUAUAAAUUUCAACUCUUUUGAAUCCGUUUUACUCGUGAAUGAUGGAUGGACCAAAAUGAAUGUUGUAUGUAAUA